UUGAAAAACAAUAGGCAUUGCAAGAUGUCUGGCCAGACGACUGCAAUCCAAGCUUUUAUGCAUCUUUUGAAGUCAUAUAUCGGUUCGGGAAUCCUAGCCAUGCCUAAGGCCUUCAGUUAUUCGGGAAUAAUUAUCGGAUGUAUUGGCACCCCAUUGAUUGGCCUAUUAUGUCACACAUGUAUUCAUAUGCUGCUCCAAAUUAACGAUCAUUUGUGUCAAAAGUUGGAUACAAAUCCUAUGGAUUUUGAGCAAUUGGCCGAAAAGGCACUCAUUGAGGGACCGAAACGUUUGAGAAAAUACUCAAAUGUCUCGCGACUUAUAGUCACAGUCUUCCUAUUCUCGGCACAAAUGGAAAACAUGGACUUACAAUGGGGUGGUGCUUCUAUUCAAUUGUAUCUAUUAGCGAUACUGCCCUUUCUCAUCUUGAUCAGUUUUAUCAAGAAUAUUAAACAUUUGUCAAUUGGCUCAAUGUUUGGCAAUGUGCUACAAUUGGUAUCGUUUGCGAUCAUUAUCUAUAACUUGGUGUCAGAUGUGGAUGAAAAGGAAACCAAACUACUGGGCAAUAAAGUGCCCCAGUUUUUUAGUACCACCAUGUUCACAUACGAAGGAAUCACUGUUACAAUGGGUUUAUACCGGUCAAUGAAAAAUCGCCACAAUUUCGCCAAACCCUUCGGUGUUAUCAAUACGGCUAUAGUCAUCGUAAUGACCAGUUAUACAGUGGUCGGGCUGUUAGGUUAUUUAAAAUAUGGCGAUCAGGUGGAGGCCAGUAUUACCCUAUCGUUACCGAAAGAAGCCUUAUAUAUAAGCGUACAGUUAAUGUACUCAAUAGCCAUCACCAUCUCAUAUCCCGUUCAGCUAUAUGUGGCCAUACAAUUAAUUUGGCCCUUAAUUGACAAUAAGCUACGACAAUUCAAAAUCAAUUCAUUUAUGAUCGGGUCUUCAAAUUAUAUGUUUCGCACACUUUUAGUGUUAAUAACUUACGCUUUGGCCGCAUUGAUACCAAAACUUGAACUCAUUUUGGCCCUAAUCGGGGCCAUCUCUUGCAGCACCGUGGCUAUUAUGAUACCUCCGAUUCUGCAUACGAUUACAUUUUACGAUUUGACCCAAGCUUGGAAAUAA